AGCAUCCCCCCCUUUGUCCGUCAACAAUCCCAACUACAUAAACCCCUCCUUCCCCACCUCCAUCGCCUGGCAUCACUCCUUCCCUCCUCCCUCUUCAUUUUCUCCUUCAGUCAUUUUCACAAACACCUUGUUACGAAACGUUGCUCACCCUUCUCCAUUUCUCGUGCUAACAAUGGCCAGACCCCAGCAGCGAUACCGGGGUGUCCGCCAAAGGCAUUGGGGCUCCUGGGUCUCCGAAAUCCGCCACCCCUUACUCAAGACCAGAAUUUGGCUGGGGACUUUCGAGACGGCGGAGGACGCAGCGCGGGCCUACGACGAGGCGGCAAGGCUGAUGUGCGGUCCGAGGGCCCGUACCAACUUCCCUUACAACCCCAAUGCGCCUCAGACGUCGUCCUCCAAGCUGCUCUCGGCUACGCUCACCGCCAAGCUGCACAGGUGCUAUAUGGCUUCCCUCCAAAUGAGCAAGCCGUCGCUAGAGCAGCAGCCCCAGAAGGUUCCGCCGCCGCGGGUGGUUGCCCCCCCUGGCAUUGGCGCGAGAUCCGACGAAGCUUGUCCGUGGUUGCCGGAGACGAAACCGCAGGCGCCGGCGCCGGCGCAAUUGCAGCCGGAGGCUAAUUGGGUAGUGAAAGUGGAGAGCAUGAACGCACAGCAAUUCAAGCCUCUGGAGGAUGAUCACAUUGAGCAAAUGAUUGAGGAGCUGCUUCAUUAUGGCUCCAUUGAGCUCUGCUCUGUUGGACAACCGCAGUCUAAUGUAAUGCAGUAGUCUAAAAUUCCUCUCCUCAAAACACCACUCUUCCUCUUCCUUCUUCCUCUUUUAUCUUCCUCUGCCUCUCUGCCUCAGCAUCUCUCUCUCUCUCUCUCUCUCUCUCUCUCUCUCUCUCUCUCUCUACUAUUAAUCCUCUGCUAAUGCCAAUCAAUUUGCUAAUUUAACCCAUUUUUCUGAACCACUUCAGAGCCUCUUCAAGUGAAUUAGUUCCCUUCCAGUCACCAUAUUUGUCAUCUGAAAGUGACCCAUUUGAUGAUGCUAUAUGUACAGUACCCUAUGCUAUAAUAUAUGGUCUUAUCAUAUUCUAUA